GGGGCCGCCGUUCCGUGCCUGCCGCAGCAAAGCACUGCUUCCUCUGCCCGGCCCCGGCUUUCCACCAGCGCAGAUCGGGGCCCUCUGUGGUGCGUGGCUGCCCCGCGGCCAAAGGCUCCCAUCCACCCAGGGGACCCCAAGGUGCCGGUGUUGUACGAGGUGGAGCGGACCCGUACUGGAAAGAGCUUCUCCGUCCGCUCUGUGAAGGCCAUUCAGCAUGGGAAGCCUAUCUUCAUCUGCCAGGCCUCCUUCCAGCUGGCCCAGCAGAGUCCUGUGCAACACCAGUUCACCAUGCCCACCGUGCCGCCCCCCGAGGAGCUGCUGACACAGGAGGAGCUCAUUGAGAAGUUCCUGCAGAAUCCUAACUUGGCAGAGAGAUACAGAAAGCAUCUCAACAAGAUCCAAGCUGAAGAUGUGCCAAUUGAUAUCAAACCCGUGAACCCACCAGAUAUACUCUGCAAAGAGCCACAGGAGCCAAAGCAGUUCUUCUGGGUGCGAGCCCGAGGCUACAUAGGAGAGACUGACAUGAAGGUGCACUGCUGCGUGGCCGCUUACAUCUCUGACUAUGCCUUUCUGGGCACGGCCCUACUGCCCCAUCGUCAGUACAACAUCAAAUUCAUGGUGUCCCUCGACCACUCCAUGUGGUUCCAUGCGCCCUUCCGAUCUGACCACUGGAUGCUGUAUGAGUGCGAGAGUCCCUGGGCUGGUGGAUGCAGAGGGCUGGUGCACGGACGCUUGUGGCGCAGGGAUGGGGUCCUGGCUGUCACCUGCACACAGGAAGGAGUCAUCCGGGUGGAGCAGAACCCAAACCAGAGUAAACUCUAGCCAAGGAAGCCAGAUGCAGCAGUUGGACCAAGCUCCGCGUGCUGGGGUUGAAGCCUGCACCAGAAUGGCUGUGGCGGAGGCAGGACCCCGCGCAGCAGCAGAAGGAGAGCAGCAGAAGAGAAGGGACUGAGUCCCACGGAUGGAAGUGUUGGUGCCAGCACUUCAACACUGAAGUGGUUCUGUACGGGCUGCAGUGUUACUGCUGUUGUUGAUUGCCAGCUGCGCAGCGUAAUGGCGCGCUAUGCUGAGCCACUCUUCACCCACUGUAAAUAAAGCUAUCACGUGAGCAGCUGA